AUGGCGACGGUGGCGACUGAUGCGGAAAAAGGCCCGACUGCGGUGCCCGCUCAACGAGCUGCCCCAGACGCGGACCACGAUGAUCGCAGCGACAGCUUCAGCAUCAAGGCAUCGUCCCUAUUUCACAAGGCAUUGCGUAUGGGACGAGUCGAGGAGAAGGGCAUCCAGCCCAUUGCGGUCGAGGACCGCCAGAUGACGCGCUUCUACAACAUCUUUACCGUGUGGUUCUCCAUCAACGCCAACAUCCUUGGCAUCACUUUUGGCAUGCUUGGACCUCUGGCCUACGGUCUGAGCCUCAGAGACUCGGCUCUGGUUAUUCUCUUCUUUGGCUUGUUCUCUACUAUUGCACCGGCAUACCUCGCCACCUUGGGUCCCAAGACGGGCAUGCGACAAAUGAUCCAGGCUCGAUAUAGCUUUGGCCGAUACAUUGUCUCCAUUCCUGUGCUACUGAACUUGGCUACCCUCACCGGCUUCAUCGUCAUCAUCUACGUCGUGGGAGGCCAGUGCCUCUCUGCAGUCUCUGGCGGCAGCCUCACCCCCGAUGUCGGCAUUGUCAUCAUCGGCCUGCUCUCCUUGUUCAUUUCGUUUUGCGGAUUCAAGGUCCUGCACUACUACGAGACCUACGCCUUUAUUCCCGCCGUCAUUGCCAUCACCAUUGCCACGGGAUGCGGUGGGUCGGACCUCAAGAAGCAGGCGGCACCUGAAGCGCCCGCGUCCGCAAGUAUGGUGCUCAGCUUUGGCAUGAUUGUUGCCAGCUACAUGAUCCCGUGGGCGGCGAUUGCCAGUGAUCUCACCACGUACUUUGAUCCCAAGGUCCCCUCAUGGCGGGUGUUUACCUACACCUACUGGGGCCUCCUUGCGCCUACGAUUCCGCUCAUGGUGCUCGGUGCAGCCAUUGCUGGCGCUCUGCCCAACGUCCCGGAGUGGAGUGAAGCCUACGACCAGAACCUCGUCGGUGGCAUCCUCGCGGCAAUGCUGUCCAGCGCGGGCGGGUUCGGCAAGUUCGUCGUCGUCAUCCUGUCGCUGACGCUGCUCGGCAACACUGGAGGCACCAUGUAUGCCAUUACGCUCAACUUCCAGACGCUCAUCCCCGGGCUCAUCAAGAUUCCCCGUUACGCCUUUGCCAUUGUCGUUACCGUCAUCGUCAUCCCAGUGGCGAUCCGGGCCCAGCGCGACUUCUUCGUCAACCUCGAGAACUUUGUCGCCCUCAUCGGAUACUGGUCCGCGUCCUUUAUCGGCAUCGUCGUUGUCGAGCACCUCUUCUUCCGCCGUGGGAGCUACGAGUCGUACGACCACGCCAUCUGGAACGUGGCCUCGAGGCUGCCCAUCGGCGCCGCAGCCCUCGCCUCGGGCAUCCUGUGCUUCGGCUUGGUAGUGCCAUGCAUGGCGCAGGUGUGGUGGACGGGUCCCAUCGCCAAAACUACGGGAGAUAUUGGGUUCGAGGUUGCGUUUGUGCUGAGCUCGCUGUUCUACAUUCCCUUGCGGUACUUUGAGAAAAAGUACACGGGGAGGUGA